ACUUCCGGUCGUGAACAUCGGUAGAGCAUGGAGAACUGGGAUGAAGCCGCGCCGGUGGUCGCCGAACUGCCAGAGAUCAAGUUGUUUGGUAAAUGGUCCACAGAGGAUGUUCAAGUCAGCGACAUCAGCUUGACUGACUACAUUGCUGUCAAGGAGAAGUAUGCCAAGUACCUGCCCCACUCUUCUGGGCGUUACCAGGUGAAACGUUUCCGCAAAGCCCAGUGCCCAAUUGUGGAGCGCCUCGUCAACUCCCUCAUGAUGCACGGUAGAAAUAAUGGCAAGAAACUGAUGACUGUGAGGAUUCUCAAGCACGCCUUUGAGAUUAUCCACCUUCUUACUGGCGAGAACCCACUUCAAGUGCUGGUUAACGCCAUCAUCAACAGUGGACCCCGUGAAGACUCCACACGUAUUGGACGUGCUGGAACAGUAAGACGUCAGGCCGUAGACGUGUCCCCACUGAGACGUGUAAACCAGGCUAUCUGGCUGCUGUGCACCGGGUCCAGAGAAGCUGCCUUCAGGAACAUCAAGUCCAUUGCUGAAUGUCUGGCUGAUGAGCUCAUUAACGCAGCAAAGGGCUCCUCAAACUCUCACGCUAUCAAGAAGAAGGAUGAGUUGGAACGUGUCGCCAAAUCUAACCGUUAAACAUAUUACUGGCAAAGACACUCUUUGUUUUCACUAUGUGGUGACUUAUGUGGUGAUAUCUUGAAGAGAAAAAAGAAAAAAACACA